AUGAUGGAAUAGUUUGGUCUGAGUGCAGAAGAAGAAUACUACAGUUUUGAUGAACAUUUAACUUAUGUGAAGAGAAGAAUAUUCAUUCUAAUUUAACAGAUAACAAUUAUAUCUAAACAGUUGACCCUGUUUUAAUAGAACAACGAUUAAUAUUAAUAACACUAAUAAUAAAAGUAAAAUCUUCUGAUUAUUUAUUUUAGACAAGAAUAAGAUGAUGGAAAUAAGAAAUUGGCUCUUCUUAAAGGAGGGCUUAAUAAAUUCUUUUUAUUUUAUUCAUUCCUACUCAUCGUAUAUACCAUAUAAUUCCAACACCAGAAAAUCUUGCCGAUUAUGUAAACUUUAUCUUGGGUUUAUUAAUUUCUAUAGCUAUAGUUACAAGGUUAUAAUUAUAAUUGA